UGAUUUUAUCAACUACAAAAAGAAAGUUUUUCUCUCUCUUUCUCUCUACAUGGGAAAUAAUCGAUAUAACGUUUCCUAAGUGACUUUUCCUCAGUUAAAAUCAAAACAAAUUAUUCCUUGUUAUGCUUCCUCAUCGUUAUUCUUUUGUGAGCGAAAUUUUAAAAAAGUACACGGACCAGGAAGAAGAAUUGGACAAAAAGUUGCAUUAUUGUGAAAACAUGAGACACGAAUUAUGUUCAAGAGUUACUUUAGGAAACUAUGAUUCAAUGACUCAUUUACAUUUAAAUAGAGAGGCUUCUUUAUCACGAAAUCGACAAAUGUUAAAGGAUUUAGAAAUAUCGAAGGCUCGUUUGAGAACUUUCUCAGCUUUCUCUCCAACAGAUCAAGAGCUUAAUGAUAUUGCUACAUUUUAUCGAAGACUUCUGGCAACUGAAAAAAUUUAAAACAGAAAAUAGAAAUAAUUAUAUUAAUAAUAAU